CUGUCCACCUAUUUCUAAGCAGCCACUGGGACACACUCCCCCUUCAGCCCAAAUGCGCAAGCGCUCUUCUUCUCAAGUCGGGGUCGGCAUCUUCGUACGCAUGCCUGAGCGGCGGCGGGAGACUAGAGUUUACCGCCGGAAAUUCUGAAGCCUUUACCAUAGAGAGCGGGCUCGGCUAGGUAGCUAGAGAGGCUCACUUCCGCCCCGUUAAGGGGUGGGGGCCGCCAUCUUGGGUGCGUGCAAAUUAAAGGCCUCGGCGCUAUUUGUUCCGCGUCGGGUUUCUUCUGUUGCUCCCCACCUACCAGGCUUCCAUCUCAAACUCUUCCCUGCGUGGAGGAGGGCCUGCUCACGGCCGAUCCCUUUGCAGAAGAAACUCUUAAAUUCUGGAAAUAGCGACUCAGUAUCAUGGCCGGCCGCCUUAAUGAAGAUCCAGAAGGAAGUCGAAUCACUUAUGUGAAAGGAGAUCUUUUCGCAUGUUCCAAAACAGACUCUCUAGCCCAUUGUAUCAGUGAGGAUUGCCGAAUGGGUGCUGGAAUAGCUGUUCUCUUCAAGAAGAAAUUUGGAGGGGUGCAGGAACUGUUAAAUCAACAAAAGAAGACUGGAGAAGUGGCUGUUCUGAAGAGAGAUGGACGAUAUAUAUAUUACUUGAUUACAAAGAAGCGGGCUUCACACAAGCCAACUUACCAGAACCUGCGGAAGAGUUUAGAGGCCAUGAAGUCCCAUUGUUUGAAGAAUGGAGUCACUGAUCUCUCCAUGCCCAGGAUUGGAUGUGGUCUGGAUCGUUUGCAGUGGGAAAAUGUGUCUGCGAUUAUUGAAGAGGUGUUUGAGGCAACGGACAUCAAAAUUACGGUGUAUACACUCUGAACAGAUGAAGAUUUGGAUGGCUCCUGGUCUCUGGGCCGUUUCUACUUGGCUGUAGGACCUCAGAAUGGGCAGAGGACAGUGUGUGAGGGGAUGUGUGUCAUAGGCCAGAUGUGGCUUUCUGUACUCCAAGACUGGAGGGUGCUGGGCCCACGCA